CUGUGGUUUUUCAAUAGAACUUGGCCCCUAAACUACAUGUAUUGUAAAGGAAAACGAACGUAAAUUCAAGUUUUAUCUCAUCUGUUAAUAAUAUUGCAGUAUUGGAGUAGGUAUUUGCAUGUUUUGUAAGCUGUACAGUUCUACAGUUGUGCACAUAGACGACGAUACAGUGCAGUUGUACGAGGGUACGCUGCAAUAAUAGCUUCAACUAAGCUUCGGUCUUCUCAAGCUGCGAGCGCGGUGAGCGGCGACAAUGAGCGGGUCGGACGUGGGUCACACGUGGGUGUUGCGGCGCGGGAUCAAGCUGCUCCUCAUGGUGGUGAUCAUAGUCAUCGCGAUGGUCAUCUACGCCAUCUUCUGGUGCUGCAAGAAGUGCGGCUGCAUAGAGGAGAAAGAACAGCCACCUGAAGCGCCGCCAGCUGACCUGGCAACAGCUGACUAUCCGUGUGACACCGCCAGCGUCCCGCUGUGCCAACCAGGGGCACCUUACAACCCGACUGCAUAUCCCAUAAACCCGGGAGCAACACCUUAUAAUUCGACCACAGCGCCAAACUACCAUCCUAGUGUCGUGCCGCCAUCGUACGAGGGCGCCUCAGCGGGGCAGCCACAGCCACAACCACAACCCGUGAUUGUGAGCUACUAGCCACCAGCGGCACCGACCGGAUCCACGUAUUUAUCGUCCAC